AAUCGUGGAAUACAUGAUGCACUUGCAUCUGAAGAGGCUUUCUUCUAAAGCCAUCCAGUAGGGCCCAAUUGUGAAAAAACAGUAUAUUAAAGAAAUGGUGGCAAUGUUGAGAAGUUGUUAAACCUUUUUUGUAAGAAAGCUAAAGCUCUAGAACUCUCUGCCAAGAAAUUAUUUGGUGACUUGCCACGACUUUGGCAUUGUGUCAAAGCCCCCCAGCCAAAAGAUGCUACCCAACUAGCACUUAAAAAGAUGCCUUCAUCCGAGCAAGAAACCAUAUCAAUGAGUGAGUAUCAGCGAGGUGUUGGUGCUUGGAAUUUUGACCUUGAAGAUUUAAAAUUCAAAGCAUCCUUGGUGCAAGAUGAUGAUGAAAUUCAAGAUAUUAGGGACCAUGAUGUAGAUUCAACUUCAUUUGCCAAUAAUGAAGCAUCCAAUUCGAAGGCUACUACUAUUGGCAAACAUUCCACAAGCGACAUUGAAUCUAGUUCGAUAUUUAUCCUUGAUGAAGUUGUCCCAUCUGAAUCCCUAAUCAAUAAAGAAAGUAAACUGCCAGAAACUGAUGAUAAAGGAAGUAUUAUUGUUGAAGAAAAAAGCAGAAAAGAAACAGAGAAACCACAAGCAGAUAAAGAAGCGGCAGUAGCACAUGCUAAAAGUAGAAUUUUAACAACAACAGGAACAUGA